CUACGUUGUUGACCACCAGUCAAGAUGAGGUUCGCUCUCGCGAUUCUUGCAGCUGUUACCGUCGCUAUUGCCCCGCAAGGGGCGAGAGGCCAAUUCUCUACUCGUCUGGGUGGUGUCAACACUGCUGGCUGGGAUUUCAGUGUCGACACUAGCGGAGACUUCUCCGGGACUGGUGACGCACCUCCGGUCUCUCAAUACACCCAUUUCUCAGGGGAGGGUGCGAACCUCUACCGCAUACCGUUUGCCUGGCAAUUGAUGACUCCCACUCUGGGAGGCACUAUCAACUCGUCGUUCUUCGAGGAGUACGACACAACCGUUCAGGCCGCAUUGUCCUCCAACUCUGAUGUAUAUGUCAUUGUUGACUUGCACAAUUACGCCAGGUGGAACGGCGACAUCGUCGGUCAAGGUGGUCCGACUAAUGCUCAAUUUGCCUCUAUCUGGACUCAGCUCGCCGACGAGUAUGGUUCAAACGAUAGGAUCAUUUUCGGUAUCAUGAACGAACCCCAUGAUCUCAACGUCACUGAAUGGGUGGCUAGUGUCCAGUACGUCGUGAAUGCAGUCCGCUCGGCUGGCUCCACGAACUACCUCCUGCUCCCGGGUUCAACCUAUUCGUCGGCUCAGACGUUCCCGACCGAGGCUGGCCCUUACUUGGUCGACGUUACCGACCCUCUCGGCGGCACUGACAAGCUCCUCUUCGAUGUUCACAAGUACCUCGACUCGGACAACAGUGGUACUCACUCUACCUGCGUCACGAACAACACUGAAGUUCUCGAGACACUGGUUAGCUUCCUCCAAGAGAACGGCAACCGUCAGGCAAUCCUGAGUGAGACCGGCGGAGGAGAAACCUCGAGUUGCUACACCUACCUCGCGGAGGAGCUCGCAUACGUGCAAUCAGCCUACCCCAACCUUGUUGGUUUCUCUGUCUGGGCUGCCGGUGCCUUCGACACCAGCUACGUGCUCUCUGUGACGCCCUACUCCAAUGGCACCGACGAGACUCUCUGGACCGAAGCUGUGCGCCCCUACCUGCCGUGAGGCUCUUCCGACAAAUUCGCGUCAGCGAUGGUGAAUAUUAGUAGGAUAUAUUCUCGCGUUGGUAUCGGAGACAAGAGCAAUGCUGACUGGAGGAUGAUAUAACUGGUAUCGCUGUUUCUCGAAUCUUACCCGGCUUUCUCUGGCGAUAGACAUCUGCAUGUGGUGUCGUGUAACAACAGUUGUACGGACUGAAACGUAGUCGACUAUCGUUCA